AUGCUAUUCGCCGAUGAACCGAAGUUCGUGAGUAUGAGUGUUAUUCACAUCUUUCUGCUAAAGAACCCGGUUCCCACCCUUCUUGGUGAUUUCUAUUUUUCGGUGCACAAUAAGAAUGAGAAGAGACGAGGGAGAUUGGUCAGAUGUUGCGCUCCAUUGUUCCAUAAGUGGCUUAUGAGGCACUUGCCAAAUGACAAUGCUUUUCUGAAUCCGCAUCAAGCCAGGAAUUGGGCUAGAAGGUUGGUUGUCUUGACUGCUAAAGACAUCAGAUGGUGUAAUCAGAAUACCAAAGGUGGCGAUUUUGUGGUUAGCUAUGGGAAAUACCCUAAUGUACCAUUGUUGGGUAUGAAGGGUUGUAUCAACUAUAACCCGAUUCUUUUGAGAAGACAAUUAGGGUAUGCCUUGACUCAUGCUCCUAAAGAUCAAGAUCUGGUGGAAUCUUUCUACUUCCCUGUGCAAGAUAAUCUAGAACUGGUUAAGCAAGCUGCUGGAGCUUGGAGGAAUAUUCAGACUAAAGGUGCUACUGUCUAUGGAAAAUGUAACAACAUCUCUUCUUCCCAGUAUGAUAGUUGGUUGCGAGAAAGAGCUCAGAUUACUCUUCUACCUUUCUCUAUGGGAGAACCAUCUGAUCCGGUUAUUGUUGAGUCUGUAUAUUCAGUCAGCAUGGUUGAGUACAACAGUUUGAAGCAAGAAAAGGGAAAAGCCGAUAAGUUGAAUGCGAAGUUGAGUGAAGGCCUCAGGAAGACUUUGUACGCUAAGAAAGAAGCUGAGAGAGAAGUUCAGAGAUUGAAUGAGCUUCAAAAAAAAAGCAAUGAGAGGAUUGCUGAAGAUGCUGAUUAUAUCCGUAAAGUCUGUUCAGGUGAGGAUAUACUGAAGAAAGCCUGUAAGGCUGCUAAGGAGCAGUUAGGAAGAGCUGAAUAUAGGCUUAUUGAGCGCCAGCAAAGGUGGGAAGAAAUUUCUGAUCGUCGAAGACAGGUUGAGAUAGAAAUCAGAGCAGAAAAUGAGCAGUUGAAGAGUAAGGAGAACGAGCAGCGUGAAGCAGUUCGAUUAGCUGAACAAGAGAUCGCCGAACUAAAGAUUUGA